CCACUAAGCAAUUCAUGAACUUCUACGACCUCUUAUCAGUGCCAGCAGGUGCAACCUUGACCGAGAUAAAGUCAGCUUACCGUCGAACUUUACUCAACUUCCAUCCAGACAAGCAGAAGGGUUCUCUGUCAUCCGAGUCGACACCCGACAUCGAUAUCGCUGUGAUUAAAGACGCAUAUCUCACGCUCUCAACACCCCACUUGCGAAAACAAUACGAUUCAAAAUUUAAGAUCCACACUGUUCUAGUAGGACCUAGGCCAGCGCAAGUUGUCUCUCUGGAUGAGUUUGAGGAAGAAGCUGAGGGGGGUUCGUGGCGUUACCCGUGUCGUUGUGGUGGAGUUUACCGGGUGACGAUGUCGUUAAUGGAAAGCGGAGAGCAUCUUAUUGGGUGCGGUAGUUGUUCAGAGGUGGUUUGGGCUGGGUACGAGCUUCAGGACGACGACGGAUGAGGGCGAAAGGCAUUGGUGUUCAACGUCAACGUUAUUUUACCUCCCAGCAACACAAGCAUGUUUAGGAAGUUGAGGAAGCCGAACCUCUACUCUUGAGCUUGACUUCUAUGGGCCAGACCCGACUCGCACCCACCGCAAUACAAACAAAAUGCAAAUAUGGAUGCAAGAGUAGAUACAGGCUAUGCGUAGUACGGAGGUAUAAGAUAGGGGUAUGGUGUGAUAUGCUAAAAAGAAGACGGAUAUAUAAUACAAAGCCCUCCAGAUCCAGAGUACCCAAAAUUUACUUUUUGACUGCCCGAAGCUGCGCACGAAGAUUCCCAUUCUCCGUCUGCAUCGAGUUGAGUUCAUCGAGCAACGCGAUGCGCUGCGACUGCUCCGACGACCUCAUUGCAUCCACUUCGUCUUGCGCAAGCUCCAGAGCUUUGCGACACUCGGACAGUUGAGCCUCCAGCUGUUUUCUGACCAUCUCUGGCGCAGAUGCUGCUUCUUCCGCAAGUGUGAGGGUGCGUGCGCUGAGGGUAUUAUUGGCUGCGGUGAGUUGGCGGCAUUCCUCUGCUUGUUCCGCAGCAAGCAUUUCAACGUCGCGUUUUUCGGCUGCAAUGCGUUCAAUUGUGUCGUGCAGUAUUUGCAACUCCUCCUGCAUUGCAGCCUGUCGAGCCGCCAUAGACAUAUUACGUUCCUCCAGAAUUCUGACUUGUUUCUGGUAAGUCUCCAAAGCAGUGUUCCCGUCUUGAGCCAACUUCUGCGCUCGUUCAGCGUUCUUUUUGAGGAGGUCGUGGGCUUGGGCGAAACGGAUCAGGCGUUCGAUUAAUGCACGAUCAUCCGCAAUUAGAGCCAGUACCCGCGCAACAAAUGCCUCCACCGUAAACGUGCCACCCCCAACUUUGGGUGAUCCAGGCGUUUGACGACUAUCGUACAACGAUUUGAGCGACCGAACAUCGAGGUCCGACAAGGAAGUAAUGACCCCAUUCCCAUUCGUACCUCCUGGUGUGCCAGGUGUUGGGGAGCCAGUUCGAUAUGAUCUCUGGCCAUUGCCGCUGAACUUGGCCGCGCGGGCUUCUGGAGAGGGAAGGAUCUGCCAAACUGGCAAAAUGGCAGCGAUGACCAUCCCGACAUCAGUGUCUCCCGCUGAAUCUGACGGGAAAGCCGACGCUGGUGUUGGAGGUGAUCGCAACAUUGCCAAGUCAGCCU